AUGGAGUCAUCCGACCAUCAUUUCAUACGAUCCCGGGUGUCCAAUGCCUGUGACAGCUGCAAGGCGCGCAAGGUCAAGUGCGACGGCAAGCUGCCAUGUAGCUACUGCACCCGGCGGCACAGGGCAGACACUUGCCACUAUUCGCCUCAGCUCAAACGGCGACAUGCCCGCCGCAGCGACUCGCAGCAACUUCCGCGCUCCCCACGGAAUCCUGCCCAGGAGCCCGGAAGUGAGCGGACGUCGCGGCAACAGCAUUCUCCUCCGCGGCGAGGCUCGCGGCCGCAAUCUCAGACGCCCAGGGACACAAAUUCAAGCUCCAGGGACUGGAGUGACGGACCAGCCGCGCAGCAACAGCAACAACAACAACACCAUGCUGCCUCCACCACUCACGACACCGACGGCGACGAGGAGGCCGAGGUGCCGCGAGAGGCCCGGCUGCUGUGUGAUGCGCAGGGCAAGCUCAUUUUCAUUGGCGACUGUGCGCCUCUGUCCUUCUUCCAGAGUGUGCGGCAGCUGAUCACGAGCCGUGUCGACGAGAAUGCACUCUCGCCCAACAGUAGUCGGUACUCUGUUCUUGAGAAUGCGCCCUCAAAACAGCACUUCUUCUCCGGCGGCGGGAGCAGCAGCCGAGGCGGCGCCCCAGAUCCGCUCAUUGAUGCAAUCCCGGCAGCAGUGUCCCGGUACUUUGCCGCGACGGCAGGGCUGGUUGAUCUGUUUGAGAACACAGAUCUCACGCAGGCCAUCACGUCGUGGGCCAAGCACGGCAGCGGUUCGAGCAGCAACACGAGCGUGGUGCACUACCUCGUGCUCGCCAUUGGCCACCAGGACACCGACGAGAGCCCGUCGCAGGACUAUUUCGAGUACGCGCGCAGCUUGGCGUUCCAGAACCUCAGCGAGAACUUGGGCAUCGGCACGGUCCAGGCCUACGUGCUCAUCACGCUCUUCAUGCUGCGAGCGUGUCAGAUCAAUGGCGCGUUUUUGUUCUUCGGCAUCGCGGUGCGGUCCGCGUACUCGAUCGGCAUACACCGGACGGAGGUAAACCAGCGGUUUGGUCCGCAGAUGCAACGCCAGCGGGAUCGGCUGUGGAUCAGCCUGCGCGUGGUCGACUUGUUCCUAUCAACCAACAUGGGCAGACCGCCCGCCACCUCGGACAUCGACUGUACGGUCCCAUAUCGGACAGUGGAUGGGGCCACGGGACAGGAGACAUUCGACACGCUCAGUGCCUCGGCGCAGAUAUUCCUCAUCAUGGAAGCGCUUGUCGUGGAGGUUUACUCGCGCCGCAAGAUCUCCCUGCAGCUGACCGAGGGCAUAUCAUCACAGCUCAGGGACUGGUCGGGCAGAUGGUUGCCGCAGAUCAAGGAGCUCAUGACGUCCGCCGAGGGUACUGGCACUGGUGGCAGCGGCAGCAGCGCAACGACGCCGACGCCUGGCGGACACGGCCUCGGUCACAAACACGACAGUCAGCAGAUACAGCAGGUUCAAGUUUGUGCCGCGACUCAGGUACUUUCGUCCUAUUACUACGCGGUGAUCCUCGUCUCACGGCCGUUCCUCAUGUUUGAAGUGCAUCGCCGUCUUGGGGGUGGUCCGUCUUCGCGCUCCAGCAGCCAGCAGACGUUCUCGGGCAAAUCGAAGCUUGCGGACGCAUGCAUCGACGCGGCAUGCCUCAUGGUGGAGCUUGUAUCUGAUGUCAUUGAGCGGGGGUUCAUGCCGGUGAAGAUGCCGUUGGUAGUCUCAUGGCUCUUCGCCGCCUCUUUGACCUUGGGCCUCGGCCUAGUCGGCAAUUUUGGUCGCAUCCUCGAGCGGUACAGCCGUACGUCCAUCCUCGCGCUCGAGUUCUUCGCGAGGACGGAUGCCCACGCCAUGCAGUACAGCCUGAUUGCCAAGUCCCUCCUCGACGCGGCCCUUGCGUUCCUCGAAAAGCGGGACAUGGCGGAGCGACUGCAGCGCACACAGAGCAGCGCACAGUUAUUUGGCCUCAUGCCGAGCGACAAAGCUGCCACCGCCGGUCAGAGUCCCACGAGUGGCGGCAGCGGCACAUUCUCGCCUACUGGGUUACAGCAUCGCGGAUCUGCGGACUCUGGGUCCGGGAUGUCCAUGGCGAGCGGCGGCGCAGGUGGUACUGGUGGCAAGUAUCAGGCGUCGCAGGCGCUGCCGAACGGAACUCCUGGCGCGCUCCGGCUGCUGUCGAUGAACUCGCCGUUCGGUGGCGGGGGAGGUCUGGGCCUCAACGGCACCAACGGGAACAACAACAACAGUAGCAGCAGUAGUCUGAACGACACGUCGAGCCUUCUGGGCGGCAUCGAUGCCGAAGCCGGAUUCCUCUCGCUCAGCGGGCUCGUGUCGGGCACGACCCCUGGCGGGCCUACCAGCGGGUCCAACGAUGCCGAUGCGAUGUCGUUUGACCCCCUCAUGAUUGGGGGCGGCGAGGCUGGGGACCAGAGCUUCAACCUGUUCCCACUGCUGGAGGCCAGCGGAGAUAUCGAUCUCGCCCACUAUUUCUAG